UUCACUUUGCACUUCGGAACAUCUCCGUCUUCCUUAAAGGCGCUGGUGCAGGUGCUCUGUCUCAUCGGGGGAGGAUGCCACAGGAAGGACGGGCAGGGGGAAAGAAAUGAAGGAAAGCGUUGAGAGAGGAGAACACAGGAUAUGAUAAACAGGGUAUCAGACUGGAAACGGAGGAAACUGAAUAUGAAAGAUUUAUUGCAAGGGGCACUUUGAGCUAUUAUUUCUGGUUGGCAAUAGUACUAUGAUUUGGUAUGUGGCCACUUUGAUAGCAAGUGUUUUCAGCACCCGAGGAACGGCAGCUCAAGGUGCCCACGGAGUGAGAGAGGAGCCCCAGUUUGUGACGGCCCGUGCAGGAGAGAGUGUUGUUUUGGGAUGUGACGUGAGCCACCCCCUAAACGGCCAGCAGACUCCCUAUGUGGUGGAGUGGUUUAAAUUCGGUGUGCCUAUUCCCUUCUUCAUCAACUUCCGUUUCUAUCCUCCUCAUGUGGACCCUGAGUACGCCGGUAGAGCCAGUCUGCAUGGCAAAGCGUCUCUGCAGAUCGACCAUGUGCGCUCGGAAGACCAGGGCUGGUACGAGUGCAGGGUCCUCAUGCUGGAACAACAAUACGACACCUUUCACAACGGCAGCUGGGUUCACCUCACAGUCAACGCGCCCCCUACGUUCAUGGACACGCCACCGCAGUACGUGGAGGCGAGGGAGGGGGGCAGCAUUACUCUGACCUGCACUGCCUUCGGAAACCCCAAGCCAGUGGUCACCUGGCUGAGAGACGGGGAUCAGCUGACCAACAGCAAGAAAUACACGGUGAGUGACGGCAGUCUGACGGUGCAGGCCAUCACGCGGGAGGACCGGGGGGCCUACAGCUGUCGUGCUCACAGUGACCAGGGGGAGGCACUACACACCACCCGCCUUCUGGUGCAAGGUCCUCCAUACAUUGUGUCACCACCUGAGAACAUCACUGUUAACAUAUCCCAGAAUGCCCAAUUCACAUGCCAAGCAGAGGCGUAUCCUGGCAACCUGACCUACACCUGGUACUGGGAAGAGGACAACGUCUACUUCAAGAAUGAUCUGAAGCUCCGCGUUCGAAUCUUUAUUGACGGAACCCUAAUUAUCUACAGAGUGAAGCCAGAGGAUGCUGGGAAAUACACCUGCAGCCCUAGUAACAGCCUGGGCAUCUCCCCCUCAGCUUCAGCUUACCUGACCGUGCAAUACCCUGCCCGUGUUGUGAACAUGCCACCUGUCAUCUACGCCCCAAGAAAGUUGCCGGGAAUCAUUCGCUGCCCAGUGGAUGCCAACCCCCCAGUUACGUCAGUCCGAUGGGAAAAAGAUGGCUACCCCCUCAGAAUCGAGAAGUAUCCUGGAUGGAGCCAGAUGGCGGACGGAAGUAUUCGGGUGGCAGAGGUCACUGAAGACUCCCUUGGCACCUACACCUGUGUGCCUUACAAUGUCCUAGGUACCAUGGGACAGUCCCCUCCGGCCACUCUGGUGCUAAAGGACCCCCCUUACUUCAACGUGAGCCCCGGGGGGGAGUACCGCCAGGAGGCGGGAAGAGAGCUGGUCAUCCCCUGCGCUGCUUCUGGAGACCCUGAGAUUCCAACCAUCGUAUGGAGAAAGGUUGGGAAGCCCAGCAGAAGCAAACAUAACAUCUUACCAAGUGGUAGCUUGCAGUUUGUCUCUCUGAGCAAAGAGGAUCAUGGGGAGUGGGAAUGUGUUGCCACCAACGUAGUAACAAGCAUCACUGCCAGCACACGCCUUUUUGUAAUAGGCACUAGUCCACAUGCGCCAACUAAUGUCCACGUGUCAGCAUCCACAAGCUCCGCUAACGUUUCCUGGGAACCUGGAUAUGACGGAGGCUUUGAACAGACGUUCUCGGUCUGGUAUGGCCCGGUAAAGGUGAAGAAUGAUUUAGGGCCACAUGACUGGCUGUCCGUACCUGUGCACGGCUCUCAGACGUGGUUGGUGGUCCAGGGGUUGGAGCCAAAGACUGCCUACGAAUUUAGUGUGUUGGCCCAGAACAAACUGGGCACCGGCCCCUUCAGUGAGGUAGUCACUGUGACUACAGGAGGGUAUCCUAUAAGUACCCCUGAACCACUGGUGCUUCUAACUCCACCACGGUGCCUCACAGCCAACCGGACACAGCAGGGUGUAUUGUUGACAUGGCUUCCUCCGGCCAAUCACUCUUCACCAAUCGACCGUUACAUCAUCGAGUUUCGUCUGGGGGAAAGGUGGGAGGUUCUGGAUGACUUAAUUCCUGCAACUGAGACUGAGAUCAUAGCAAGAGAUCUUAUUCAGGAUUCUUGGUAUGAAUUCAGAGCGCUGGCUGUAAUGGAUGAUCUUGUCAGUGAGAGCAGUAAUGUGGUGGGAGUGUCAAGUACAGACCCCUUCCCUCCCACAGAGAUCUCAGACGAGGGGCUGGCGAAGCCAUUGGUGGCUGGCAUCGUGGCCACCAUCUGUUUCUUGGCGGCUGCCAUCCUCUUCAGCACACUUGCUGCAUGUUUUGUCAACAAGCAGCAUCGUCGCAAGCUCAAACGCAAACGAGACCCUCCACUAUCGAUUACACACACAAGGAAAAGCAUUGAAUCUCCGCUGUCCUCUGGGAAGAUCAGUCCUGAGAGCAUCACUUCCUCCCGGCCUCCAUCUCUGGCCAGCCUGGAUGGCCAUGGUCUUUACGUUAAGAAGUUGCCAAGCCCCAGGAAAGAGAAAGAGCUUUCCCUCUAUAAGAAAACCAAGAGAGCAAUAACCAGUAAGAAGUACAGUGUGUCCAAGCAUGAGGCUGAGGUCACCACGCCCAUCGAGCUGAUCAGCCGUGGACCUGAUGGCCGAUUCGUUAUGGAUCCCAGUGACAUCGACACAUCCCUCAAGCCACGACGUAUUGAGGGUUUUCCUUUUGUGGAGGAAUCAGACUUGUAUCCUGAGUUCCGCCAAUCAGAUGAGGAGAAUGAUGACCCAGGGCCCCUACCCCCAGUCAUGGCCACCCUCAGGCCCCAGAUAUCCCCUGUGUCCUCCAGCCAGGAGUCCUACAUGCAGCCCCCAGCCUACAGCCCCCGGUUCCAGAGGCCUAUGGAAGGUAUGAGCAUCUCGGAGGAUAGUCGGCUUGAGGCCACAGGGCAGAGCCGGGUCUCCCAUUUUCACAGGGUCUUCCCUCCAGGCCCCUUCUAUGGCUAUCUAGGUAGUGGUGCUGAGGUGGAGCUUCACCCUCCUUUUUACAUGCCUGAUGUUAGUCCACGUAGCUCUGCCAUGUCCUCCUCACCUUCAUACCCCCCUGAGGGGCCGUUCCGCCAUCCCACCAUCCCAGAGGAGAGGGAGGAGCUGAUGAUCCAUCAGUAUGGAGCCUCCGGCCACGCCCUCCCACUGGUGCAUAGCCCUCCCUCCUCUCGCUCGACCGAGAUCUGGCAGCCUCCUGACUUCCCCUUUCUAGGUCAGGAGGGUCCCCGUCUCACUCUUCCACCACAUCAUUCCUCAUAUCUCCACCGGGACCUCCCAGAGCCCCCGCCAUACCCCUCCCAUAGUCGUACUCUUAGCACCACCUCUCAGCUCCCUUCAAGCUCUGCUUUUCUCCAGCUGGAGGCCCCUAGAGCCCACCUGAGCAGAUCUCCCGGCAGGUUUCCGCCUCAGGGCCCUUCAGCCAAGCAUAUAACUAUGCAACAGUCCCAGACUCUGGGGCAGUUGAGACACACUGCCCACGGUAUGGGCGUACCAGUGUUGCCUUACUUAGGCGCCACAGCCCGCAUGGGGAGCCCAAGCACACUGCACAGUGAGAGCUCUGACGGCUGGAGGUCUGAGGCCCAGCCUUGGCUGAGCCCCAGGGCAGCACGAAGGAUGGAUCUCGGCCUGCAGCAGGUGGUCCUGCAGCCGUCACGACUCUCCCCUCUCACCCAAACCCCUCCCAGCUCACACGCCGGCUCUCCAGACAUUCUCGUCCGCCCUCCUCCCCGCCCCAGCAUCCUGCGGUCUUCCCGUUCUCAAGAGAUGCCCGAGAGUGCCCGUCACCCCGCCAGUGUCUCCUUCUCCCGAAGGUCUCUCUCCUCUUCCCCUGCCACUUCACCUACUCAAGGCCAGAGUGGCCAGCGGCCCAGCCUCAGCUACCAUGCACACAUGGCCUUUGCCACAGCCGCGGCCAGCUACCCCUCCCAGUCCCCUUCACCCCCUGCGGAGAGCAGUGAUGCUUUCGGCCAGAUGCCAUCUCAGAGAAGGACAGAUGAGGAGAUGCUCCCCUCAGAACCCUCUCCAGGGUAG